UGCCACGCUGACUCUGUCUCGAAACGAUUGUGUCCAUAGAUUAACCGAUGACCGGUCAUAAAAAUCAUUCUUGGCAUAAAAUAUUUUUCACAAUAAUUUACAUCAUUUGAUGAAAUGCUUGCUUGUGAAUAUUUGUGUACGCUAUCUGAUUGUAGUAGGUACAUGAACGAAUAAAGUAACAGCAGAAGUCGAUUUUGAACAAUUUCAUUCAUUUUCAUUCGUGUUGCGUCAGUGAGUGGAACUUACUGCUGCUAUUGACAUAAAAGGACAGUUAUUCUUGCUGCUUGAGUUUGUUGGUGAUAAUUCAUCGAAAGUGAAAUAAUUAAAAAUGGUUGUCCGUACCUACGAAGAGGAAUUGAAGUACAUUGAGCGAAUCAAUGACUAUUCAUAUCGCAUCAAAAUCGGUUUUCAACCGAACAUGAAUGUUGAGGGAAUUUUCUAUGUAAAUAAACAUUUGGAGAAAUUAAUGUUCGAGGAAUUGCGAAAUGCCUGUCAGCCGGGCAAAGGCGGUGGUUUCCUACCUGGUGUUAAACAAAUAGCGAACGUUGCAGCAUUACCGGGAAUCGUUGGAAAGUCGGUCGGUUUGCCCGAUAUUCAUUCGGGCUAUGGAUUUGCCAUUGGUAACAUGGCUGCAUUUGAUAUGGACGAUCCGAAUGCAAUAGUAUCUCCUGGCGGCGUUGGAUUCGACAUCAAUUGCGGUGUUCGCUUGAUACGCACCAACUUAUUCGAAAAGGAUGUGCAACCGGUUAAAGAGGAGAUUGCGCAAAAUUUGUUCGAUCAUAUUCCAGUCGGAGUAGGAUCGAAAGGAGUAAUUCCAAUGACAGCAAAAGACUUGGAUGAGGCACUAGAAAUGGGCAUGGAUUGGUCGAUUAGAGAAGGAUAUGUGUGGGCUGAAGACAAGGAACAUUGUGAGGAGAAUGGUAGAAUGUCUGGUGCAGAUGCGUCGAAGGUCACUAGCCGAGCGAAACAACGAGGUCUGCCACAGUUGGGCACUUUGGGUGCCGGUAAUCAUUAUGCUGAAAUUCAAGUGGUCGAUGAAAUUUACGAUAAAGCAGCAGCUAGUGCUAUGGGCAUUGAAGAAACGGGACAAGUUUGUGUGAUGAUUCAUUCGGGAAGUCGAGGCUUUGGACAUCAGGUCGCAACGGAUGCCUUAGCUCUAAUGGAAAAAGCGAUGAAGCGUGAUAAAAUUGUAACGAAUGACCGUCAACUAGCCUGCGCACGGAUUAAUUCCAAAGAGGGAGAGACUUAUUUGAAGGGCAUGGCUGCAGCUGCAAAUUUUGCUUGGGUAAAUCGCAGUUCGAUGACAUAUUUGGCUAGACAAGCAUUUGCCAAACAGUUCAACACAACCGCUGAAGAUCUGGACAUGCAUGUAAUCUAUGAUGUGUCCCACAACGUUGCAAAGAUCGAGGAACACAUGGUUGACGGAAAGCCAAGAAAGCUACUCGUUCAUCGUAAGGGAGCAACGCGAGCUUUUCCACCUGGUCAUCCAUUGAUUCCAGCUGACUAUCAAUCAAUCGGUCAACCAGUUUUAGUCGGCGGAACGAUGGGUACGUGCAGUUAUGUUCUAACUGGUACUGAAGGAGCAAUGAGUCAAACGUUUGGCUCGACUUGCCAUGGUGCGGGUCGAGCUUUAUCGCGAGCUAAAGCACGAGCGGAAUUGAAGUACACUGACGUUCUGGAAAAUAUGAAGUCCCUGGGCAUUGCUAUUCGAGUUGCAUCGCCGAAGUUGGUAAUGGAAGAGGCUCCGGAAUCCUAUAAAAAUGUAACGGAUGUGGUCGAUACGUGCGCAGCAGCUGGAUUAAGUAAGAAGUGCAUGAAAUUGAGGCCAAUCGGCGUGAUCAAAGGAUAAUUCCGAUUUUCUGUCAAUUAUCUGAACGAGAAAAUUUAAACAAUUUGUGAAUCGAACACAAAUAUGGACUAUGUCUGUCAAUCUUCAUGGCAACGCUUGUCGAGGGCAGUGCACAAAAAAUUAAAACUUUGAAGAAAGGCAACCAGGAGAGUAACCGAUUCAAAGCAGAUCUUAUAAGAAAAGAAAGAAGUUCGUUGAAUAAAUCGCAUUUUUUCCACAU